AUGGACUCCAUCACGCGCUUGACCGAGGAGCCUAGGAGCGGAAGUCGCGGUGGCCGCCCGAUAGCAGCGGACCCCUUCCCCGAGGCGGGCACCGUUACACAGCUGUUGCUAAAGGCGUUCAUAGUUGGCGGCGUUCCGUUUCGAUUCUUGGAGAACCCGUACUUGGCGCUGCAGCUCCUGAACCAGCAGUACCAGGUCCCGUCGCGGAAGGUGCUGGUCAGGGGCAUAGACCCGUUGCACGCGGAGAUCGACGCACUGAAGCGGCGCUUGGUCAACCACAAGGACGGGAGCAUCAGCACUGACGGCGCAACAAUGCACGGCAACACCUCUUUCCGGAAUUGCUUCUUCGUCACCGAGCCAGAGGCGCACGCCGUUCACAUUGCGACCGUCGACCUGCAGGAAAGAAGCAAGGAAGCCACCGCUCUGACGGCGGAGUUGGAAACCUGGGCCAAGCGAGUCCAGGACAUGGGGGGCGUCGUGCACGGUGCGACCACGGACAAUGCGUCUGCUGAGGUGCUUAGCGCGGCCCAAGUGGAGGCGAGUCCUGGCGGGGCGUGGUUCCCGCACGUGGGGUGCAAGGAGCACGCCUGCGAGCUGCUCCUUGAGGACAUAUUGGGGACAUCGAAGAAGCCGGCCCCAGCUGAGCUACGCAAGGUCGUGGAGCCGAUCGAGCAAGCUCUGGAGAUCUCCCAAUAUUUCCUGUUGCGGCCACGUCUCAAGGCCCUCCACUUUCGCGGGAUGCAAGAGGCAGCUGCGUUUCGUGAUCUUCCAGCGCACCAUCGGAGUCGGUAUUACCUCCACCACAAGGCGAAGGUCCACGCCUCCAAGGUGCUCGUCGCGAACCGGGUCAUGGAUAUCCAGGACAUCACGCGGUAUCUCUGCAGGCACCGGCUUUUCAUGCAACGAGCUUCGCAGGGCGAUAGGGCCCGAGGCGAGGAGAAUGCCGCGCUUCUGCACGGCGACAAUGGAAGAUUCGAUCAGCGUCUGGCUUCAUCCUUGAAGGUUCUGAACCCGAUUCUGGUGUGCUUGCGCAAGCUGGACUGCACGAGUUCGCUGCUCUGCACGGUGCUGAGCUGCUGGCACGACAUGGAGGUGAGCGCGGGGGCAGCGUUCCAGCAGUUAGUCCCACACGUUCCACAGCAUGUAGAUUUCUUCGAGGCCGUACUCAUGGGCCGGCGUGACAAGCACAUCGGCGACCUGGAACGAGUGGCUUACUUGCCGCAGCCCAAGGUGAUCAAAGCCUCGACGCUGGAGACAUUCACGGCAGAGGAGCAAACGCGCCUGCAGAGAGUGUUCGCGCGAGCCCGCCUGCCCCCCGCGGACGGCCUCAAGGAGCGCCAGGAGUUGAUAUCCAAGUCAGGGCCGUAUGCGGCUGUAUCCGGAGGCGGCGAAAAGUCCGUGGUGUGGCAGAAUGUUGCUCGCAUGAGGCCUCUGUCAUGGUUCCAGCUCCACGUGAAGAAGGAGAUGUCCCCGGUGCUCCUUGCCCUGGCCAAGCCCCUGUUGACCAUGAAGUCCUCACAGGCGGUUUCCGAGAGAGGUUGGAGCGCCCUUGACUGGCUAUCCGGAUCCAGGAGAAAGCGUCUCGGCGCGCCCUGUCUGCUGCGCAUGGUCGACAUUGCUUGGUGGCUGAACAAGACGCAUGCCCGCGCGUCGGCAUUUUGCGACGCGAGCUCCACGGACGACGAGGAUUUGUCGGAGAGCCCCGAGGAACAAGAGGCCCAGGAGGCGGAGACAGCGGAUCUACUGGGGGAAGCAGAGCAGCCGGCAGCGCAAGCAGCGCUGGCUGACGCGCACGCAGCAGCCGCUCGCGUCUACACCGACACGUUGAUCCGGGCGAGGGAACGCUUGGCCCUCGCUGGGGGCAGCCAGAAGCUCAGUGCACCUCUGGCGCGGCCGUGGCUGCUGGAACUCCUGGCCUGCGUCGUGACGAGGCGCACGCUGAUCCAUUCCAAGAUCGUGCCCGCGGUGGCGCCCUACACGUCGCAUGAUGACGUCGACAUCAGGGUCCUAGCAAGCCGGAUCAAAGCGGCAUGGAGGGAGAUUUACGGAGGCCGGACGCAGGGGCGGACGGCGUUAGAAGUCGAGAAACUAGUCGAGAAGCCGCCUGAGGCCGCGGAAGCGCCACGGGGAGAUUCCAGGCGAAUCGCGAGGGACGACGCCUUCGACGACUAG